AUGAAAGUCUACGCCAAGCUUUCAAUUACAGGCAAUUCCCGAACAGAGAGAACAAGUCCGGUGGACACAAAGGGGGAGACCAACCCUGCAUGGAACUUCACCACUGGAUACACAAUAGGCAAGAAGGCAGUUGAAUACCAAGGCAUCAUGCUUGUUAUCAAGUUGUAUUGCAGCCGCACACUAGGAGACUGGUACAUUGGAGAGGUAAGCGUAUCUUUCAAGGACCUGUUUGACGGGGCAGUGGCCACCGGAUGCAGCACUACUGUGAGUUACCCAGUGAAAAAGGGUGCAGUAGAUUCAAAGGGAGUGUUGAAAUUUUCGCACUCGUUCGGGGAUAUAGUGAUUGUAGAGGUGGCCUUUGGAGGAGGCCUUGAUGAUCUGGAUAUUUCCUUCUCUGGAGAAGAUGUUCUGAUUGAUGUAGAUGUCCUGGUUGAUAGUUCAGGAAGUUCCCAGGUUCCCAAGAAUUAG